AUGUGUGACUCAUCAAAGCAAGAACAAACGCUGACAUCUAAUGAUGGAAAUUUAAAUUUUUGGGUUGAUAGAUGGCAAGCAAAUAGAAUUGGUUUUCACCGAACUUUUGUCAGCGACUUAUUCAAGACACAUAUUCUUCCAAAACUCAUUUCAUCAGAAGAAAAAAAAUGUGUCGUUUUUCCUUUAUGUGGCAAAACAUUGGAUAUGAAAGCAGUUUUAGAUCUGGGUCAUCGAGUUAUUGGUAUUGAAGGAUGUAAAGCUGGUAUAGAAGCAUUUUUUAAUGAAAAUAAUAUUUCAUAUGAAAUCGAAAAAGAUGAAAACAAUCAAUGUGAAAUUUACAAAGGUAUCGAGUGUUCUGUUACUAUAUAUUCUGCUGAUGUUUUCACUUUUAACAAAUCUCUUCCAUCUGUUGAUUAUAUAUGGGAUCGUGGUGGACUCGUAGCUAUCAACCCAUCAACUCGUGAACAAUAUCGAGAUUGUCUUCUUCGAAUGAUGACACCGGAUCAAACUCGACUCUUUCUUGUAGCCAUAAAUUAUAAUGAUCCUGAUUUUAGUGGUCCUCCAUAUGUUGUUAAUGAUGAUGAUGUCAAUCAUUUGUUUGGUUCGACAUGCUCAUCUGAACUUGUUGAAGUACGUGAUAACACAGAAGAAUAUAGAUCACGGGAGGUGGCUCGUCAAAUAAAUUAUAUAGAAGAACGUCUUCAUUUAAUUGUACGAAAGCAAAUUUGA